AUGCCGCGCCUCGAGGACGCCGAGAUUUUCACGCACCUGUGGUGGGACCCUUCAGACGACAGAGAAGUGGAGGAAUAUGGUCUGCCGAUGAGAAAGGGCCACAGAUGGGGUGUCAAGUUCAUUGCUGGGCGUGGUAGUAAGAAGCAGGAGGACGGCGAUGCUGCUGCCGCGGCACCAACACCACCGGUGGUGCAGUGGCAGGUUGGCGACUGGAGACCCAGCGAGGAGGUCAUGAGUUUGUUCGAAAGCCUAGGACGGCAGGAGUGGCUCGAUCUCGAGUGGGACAGGUAUAGAUCUACGGCGGGGCACGACUUGCUGGGAAACAGCGAGUCUACACCCAUAUAG